ACACAUCAGCUUUUCCACUUCCAUGUACGAGUAUAAGUAGCUUCUCGUCUGGCCUUUUAGUACCGCUUCGUUGUAAUUCUUUGCAAUUAUAAUUUCCUACCUUCUUGCGUCAAUGUCUGGACGUGGCAAACAGGGUGGCAAGGCUCGCGCCAAGGCCAAGACCCGCUCCUCCCGGGCCGGCCUGCAGUUUCCCGUGGGCCGCGUGCACCGGCUGCUCCGCAAAGGCAACUACUCGGAGCGCGUGGGCGCCGGCGCCCCGGUGUACCUGGCGGCCGUGCUGGAGUACCUGACGGCCGAGAUCCUGGAGCUGGCGGGCAACGCGGCCCGCGACAACAAGAAGACGCGCAUCAUCCCGCGCCACCUGCAGCUGGCCAUCCGCAACGACGAGGAGCUCAACAAGCUGCUGGGCCGCGUGACCAUCGCGCAGGGCGGCGUCCUGCCCAACAUCCAGGCCGUGCUGCUGCCCAAGAAGACCGAGAGCCACCACAAGGCCAAGGGGAAAUAAGAUCUUUCUUCUAAUCUCGUAAAAAAAACAAAGGCUCUUUUCAGAGCCAUUCA